AUCAACAGAGACACACAAAUUGAACAAGAAGCUCUAUAGCUGAGUUCGAAGAGCACAAACAUAAAAGCAAGUGGAAUACUAAUCCAGAUGGCUCCCACCACCUACUUUCUCCUUGUUUCUUUUCUGGCAUUGGUCACUUCUCAGGCCAUUGCUUCUGACCCUAGCCCGCUCCAGGACUUUUGUGUAGCCGACAUACACUCUCCAGUGAAGGUGAAUGGAUUUGUUUGCAAGGACCCUAUGGCCGUGAACGUGGAUGACUUUUUCAAGGCAGCAAACCUUGACAAGCCUAGGGAUACUAUGAAAAGCAAGGUCGGAUCCAAUGUCACUUUGAUCAAUGUCAUGCAGUUGCCUGGACUCAACACCCUGGGCAUCUCACUGGCUCGCAUUGACUACGCACCAUUAGGUCAGAAUCCGCCACACACCCACCCACGUGCCACAGAGAUUCUCACCGUGCUUGAGGGUACACUCUAUGUUGGAUUUGUCACCUCCAACACAGACAACGGUAACAAGCUAUUCACAAAGGUUCUCAACAAGGGUGACGUGUUUGUGUUCCCCCAAGGGCUCAUACACUUCCAAUUCAACCCAGUCCAUGACAAGCCAGCUGUCGCGAUCGCUGCACUAAGCAGCCAGAACCCUGGGGCUAUUACUAUUGCCAACGCGGUCUUUGGAUCAAAACCACCCAUCUCAGAUGAUGUCUUGGCCAAAGCUUUCCAGGUGCAAAAGGGAACAAUUGAUUGGCUCCAAGCUCAAUUCUGGGAGAACAACCACAACUAAGUAAAUUGAGACUCACUUCAUUGUUCGAAGAUAGGUUUAUACAUGUAUUUUGCAUACUCCCGUGUGUAUUCAAUUACGACAUUCUAAGCUGAUAUGAUAGAAUAAAUGGGAAGUUUAUGUAA